AUGUCGUGCUCCAUACCCCAACGCUGCGCCCGCCAGCUUCUCCGCGAGCCCUUCCAGCGCGGUUCCCUACCCAUUUUCCUCGCGCCCGCAUUCUCCCCACGCACACAAUGCUUCUCGACCACAUCCCCGGCGCAGUCCCGAGUCGGAGGUGCCUCGAUCUCCAUCCCCCCGGAGGUGUCAUUCAAGCUCGUCGACCUUCCUAAGACUCUCAGCCGGACACGCGGAAAGGAUAUCCCUAAGUUUGCCGCCGAGAUUAAGGGCCCCAAGGGCGAGAUGACCCUGAACAUCCCCUCGUUCGUCACCGUCACUCGGGACGAGGAAGCCCAGAAGGCUACAUUGUCGGUCUUGGAUCAGUCGGUCCCUCACCAGCGUGCUAUGUGGGGAACCAUCCGUGCGCUCCUGCAGAACCACAUCCUCGGCGUCUCGGAAGGUCAUGUUUGUAUCUUGAGUAUGGUUGGUGUCGGUUACAGGGCCACCAUCGAGGACAAGGCGACUACCGUCGAACCCACCUACCCCGGCCAGAAGUUUGUCUCCCUCAAGGUCGGCUUUUCCCACCCUAUCGAAUUGGGUAUUCCCCAAGGCAUCCAGGCUAGCACUCCCCAGCCCACCAGAAUUCUGCUGGAGGGUGUCGACAAGCGGAUUGUGACCCAAUUUGCAGCCGAGAUCAGAGACUGGAGACGCCCCGAGCCCUACAAGGGCAAGGGUAUCUUCGUCAACGGAGAGACCAUCAAGCUCAAGGCGAAGAAGAUCAAAUAG